AUGAAAGAUCAGCAUGAAAGAGAAGAUGGAAAAAUCAGAAUUUUGCCAAAAUAUUUGACAAAUGCAAAAACAAUUUUGGCUAACUAUGCUAAUGUAUGUGCGCAAGAAUUACUUAUUGGUGUGCCUGCAUUAAAAUAA